UCUUCGUGCUGCGAUGCUCAAAAAAAAUAUAUUAGCUUUUCUAAUGCAUUCUGCCGCUACUGUGACUGUAUUUCGCUUCAUUUCCCCUCAGUGCAAUAAUCCAAAAAUCGUGACAGUCUGUGAAAUGUUAUAUUUAUAUUGAAUGCUUGUAAUUAUAUAUUAUAUUUCCGUCUAGUGGAGUCUUGUAAAAUUCGUCCAUAGUUAAUUAAUUUAUUCAAUUCCUUAUCACCCAAAACCCCUUUAUUAAAGACUGACAUAAAACCGAAAAAAUGGCUUCUGAAGAAAAUUCGUGGCGAACCGCAAACUUUCGUCAAAGUGUUGUGGCAAAAAUCGAUGAAGCAAUUCAAAAGUCUGGAAUGCCAACAACGAAAAACAGUAUCGAGAUGGAAAGUCAUGUUUUCCUAAAAGCAAAAACAAAAGAAGAGUAUCUUGGCUUUGUUGCUCGCUUGAUUCUUCAUGUCAGAGAAUUGAAUGCAAAAAAGAACCCACCAGGAAUAGCUGCGGGGACUGGCCAAGGAGGGAAUCAAGGAAUGCCGGAUCCCAUAGGAGCCCUUCAGACUUUAGCUCGUCAAGGGACAGGAAAUAAUCAAAUGAUGGGAAUGUCAGGACCAGGGCCCAAUCCACAGGGCAUGGUGCCACAACCUCCCUCCAACACAGCAACCAAUCUACUGCAAAGCCUGAAUCAACGUCCCAAUUCAAAUAUGAAUAUGCAAGGAAUGCAAAACAAAAUAUCUGGGAUUGGUAUGAUGCCUGGACAAGCUGCUGGGCCGAUGGGUCACAUGGGUCCGAUGCAAGGUGCUCCGAUGAUGCAACAGAUGAAUCAAAUGAAUCAGGGAAAUAUGCCGCAACAGAUGAACCAGAUGGGUCCUGGUCCGAUGGGUCCAAUGGGUCCGGGACCAAUUCCACCAGGACAGAUGCAGCAGAAUAUGCAGAAUCAGAUCCAGAGUCAGAUACCAGGGCAAAUACCGGGUCAAAUACCUAAUCAAAUUGGUGGUCCGAUGGGUGUACAAACUGGAAUGCAACAACAAUUGAAUCAAAUGGGUCAAGGUCAAAUGGGGCCUGGUCAAAUGCCACAGCAAAUGAAUCACAUGCAACGAAAGCCCAAUGAGAUGAUAAACGCCGGUUUUCCGGGCCCAAGAAACGUCACGCCCAAUCAAUUUCUCAGACAAAGUCCUUCCCCGUCUGCUCCGAGCCCAGCAAGUUUAGGUGCACCGUCCAGUAAUCAAAUGGUUCCGUCUCCGGCUCUCGUGCCAUCGCCGAGUCCUCAGCACUCGAUGAUGGCCGGUCCCCAACGUUCGGUGGGAAUGGCACCAUCGCCGAGUAGUUCUUUGAACACGCCUGGAGGAGUCGGAGCUACGCCGAGUCCGCAGGAGGAUCAAGCUUACAGGGAGAAAAUUCGUCAAUUGAAUCGAUACAUCGAACCACUCAGACGAAUGAUUACGAAAAUGGGCAGCGAAGCGAAUGUCGACAAAAUGAGCAAGAUGAAAAAACUUUUGGAAAUCCUUUCGAACCCAUUGAAAAGAGUUCCCCUCGAAACAAUCAUAAAAUGCGAGGUUGUGCUCGAAAAGCUCGACUUGAAAGGACGCGAGGGCAGGGAACACUAUUUCUUCAGUCCUCUACUCGACGCGGUUGGAGCGCAUCUCCAGAGCACGGUGGUUAAUCAUACGCUGCAACGCACGUUUGGGCCCUCUCUCGAAGCCCUGUUUGGCCCAGAAAUCAAAAAUCUUCCACCUCCCCUUAAGAAGCAAAAAGUAGAAGAACCUGUGAGCGAUAUACCGGAUGUUCUUCAGGGUGAAAUAGCACGAUUGGACCAACGUUUUAAGGUGAGCCUCGAUCCGGCGCAGCAAAAUGGUUCAAAAUGCAUACAGUUGAUAUGUUGGCUCGACGACCGGCAUUUGCCGUGCGUGCCUCCAGUUUCGGUGACUGUGCCUUCGGAUUAUCCUUUGACACCACCCCGAUGCGUCAUGGCGCCCCAUGAAUACGCAACGACUUUUCUAUCCGCCGUACAAAAAGCUCUCAAUGCGAGAAUCACCAAAUUACCGAAACGUUUUUCAGUCUCGCAGCUUUUAGACACAUGGGAAAUGAGCGUUCGCCAGGCCAGUGCACCCACUCAAACACCCGUUUCAGCCAGCACCGUACUUAUGGGAUUAUGAAUGAUCGAUAGAGAACAAAACUCAAUGAACUCAACGAAUCACAUCGCAGAUCGUGUACAAAAGAACUCAAAUUUUGUGGUGUUUGAAUUUUUUGUUUUUAGUGAAAUCCGAAAUAUCGAAUCAACAAGAAAACUAUUUUUGCAUCAUUGUACAGUUGAAAGUUUUGUUUUCUAUUCGUGAAUAAGAAUUAUGGGUGAUUUGAAUUAUCGUAUUGAAGAAAAAAAAAACACAAUCAAGUAAUCGGGAAUUUUUUUGAUUGUAAAGUACAAUUUUCUAUUUAGCGUUUACAUGGAUUGUCAUUUGGUAAAAACGCUUUUUCAUUCGAAUACGAGUAAAUAGUCCUCAAAACUUUUCUUUUUUUUUGUUUAAUCUUUGAAUAUGGCAUGGAGAUUCUUCGUUGGGUUUCAAAGACCCAAAAAAUUGUAAAACUUUUGAUUUUCUUCUCGGUUAAAAGUCCUUUUCCACUAAAUGAUUUUGGGAGAAAAAUUAUAUUGUAGAAAAAUGCUGCCUGUACUUUGGAGCCCCGAUCUUUGCACUCGGAAUUUGUUGAAAAUGAAUUGUGAGUAAAUGCAGAUUUGCUAAAAUCAUAAAAUUUGCCAAUCGACAGACCCGAAGAGUUAAACAGGUGGCGAGAAUGUAAGAGUUUCUAGGGUUCUAUAAAAAAUUACCAAUCGCUCGUUCUCGAGUGUAAAAAUCAUGUUUAUCGAUAACAAAUCGAGAUUGAAAAACUGAAAUGAUGAAUUUGGCUUUCGAUAAAAAAGACAUUCCGCGAAAAUUCUAAUUGUUUUCUUCCAUCCAAGUUUUUCUUGCUUCAGUUCUCCCUUCCGAAUGCCCAAACGCAAGACGUUUAAAAAACAUUUCGUAUUUUUCAUUCGAUGUAAUUUACAAUUAAGAAUUUUUUUCAACAUAUAAUUUGUACAUAAAUGUAAUAAAUAUAUUGAGAAAAAUUUCAAUA